GUUGGGAUCGACCCGCCCACCUCCAGCCAGCAGACAGUCUCCAAGUGCUCGGCGGCAGUUUGAGGAGAACCUGAGCGGGGGGAAAACUGCGUCCGAUCCCGGAGAACUCGGAACGGGCGAACCACGAUGAGUUGGGGAACGGAGCUCUGGGAUCAGUUCGACAAUCUAGACAAACACACUCAGUGGGGGAUCGACUUCCUGGAGCGGUAUGCGAAGUUCGUCAAGGAAAGGUUGGACAUUGAGCAAAAUUAUGCCAAGCAGCUACGGAACUUGGUAAAGAAAUACCUUCCAAAACGCUCUAAGGAGGAGGAACCGAGGUUUACGUCAUGUUUGUCGUUUUACGCCAUACUGACUGAACUCAAUGACUAUGCGGGUCAGAAGGAGGUGGUGGCAGAGGAGAUGGGUCACAGGGUUUAUGGAGCACUGAUGAAGUACAGUCAGGACCUCAGAGCAGACCGGAAACAUCAUCUUCAAGAGGGCAGGAAGGCUCAGCAGUAUUUGGAUCAUUGCUGGAAACAGAUGGACAAUAGUAAAAAGAAAUUUGAGAGAGAAUGUAAGGAAGCAGAGAAAUCCCAGCUGACCUACGAGCGAUUAGACAAUGACAUCAAUGCCACAAAAGCCGACGUUGACAAGGCCAAAGCUCAGUUUAACCAGCGAACUCACAUGGUUGAUGAGAGUAAAAACGAAUAUGCCGCCCAGCUGCAGAACUUCAACGCGGAGCAGUGGAAACAUUUUAACAACUCCAUACCACACAUCUUUAAGAAUCUGCAAGAUAUGGAUCAGCGUCGGACAGUGAAGCUUGGGGAGACGUACCGAAGUUUUGCCGAAGCGGAACGAAAAGUCAUUCCUAUCAUUUCCAAGUGCUUAGAUGGAAUGGUUUCAGCGGCCAAAGCUGUUGAUGACAAGAAGGAUUCGGCAAUUGUCGUGGAGUCCUUUAAGUCCGGCUUUGACCCUCCAGGCGAUUUCCCUUUUGAAGACCUCAGUCAGAAUCUGAGUAGAACCGGGUCCGAUGGGACCAUCAGCAGUAAUACGCCCAAAGGAGAAAGGGAUGCGGCUCCGGGGCCAAGACCGGACCCAAAACACACAAUUAGCAAAGCCAAGAACAAACUCUGGCUCUUUGGCAAGAAACCAAAGUCCCCUACUUCCUCUCCUCCUCCACCACCUCCCUCCUCCUCCUCCUCCCGCCCACGAGCCUCACAACUUUUCCCUCCAAACCGGUUCAGCUCUGACCGAGUGACACAAUAUCUGUCUGAGAUAAAGACGACAGUGCCCAGAAUCCCCCAGAACUUGAAAGGCCUGAGAAGAGGGGCCCCGUCGGUGGAGGACUACAGCCACUUACCCCCGGAGCAGAGGAGGAAGAAGUUGCAGCAGAGAAUUGAGGAACUCAAUAAAGAGCUCCACAUACAGAUGGAUCAGAGAGAUGCCUUGAACAAAAUGAAGGACGUGUAUGAAAAGAAUCCACAGAUGGGAGACCCCAACAGCCUGCAGCCUAAAAUAUCAGAGACCAUGUGCAACAUGGAAAAGCUGCGUUCAGAGAUCCACAGACAUGAGACUUGGUUAUCUGAGGUGGAAGGAAAGCAGAGCUCCAGAGACCGGAGGCACAGUGCUGACAACCACCAUCACACCCCUCAAGGCAGAGAGAGCCCUGAAGGCAGUUAUACAGAAGACAGCGGUCAGGAGCACCACCCACCUCAGUUCCACUCCAGCCCCCCUCAGCCCGGACAGCCCAAUGCCGACCCCCUGGAGUUUGAUGAUGAAUUUGAUGAUGAUGACCCGCUGCCGGUUAUCGGACACUGCAAAGCUUUGUACGGCUUUGACGGUCAGAACGAGGGCACCUUAGUCAUGGCAGAAGACGAGGUGCUGUACAUCAUCGAGGAGGACAAAGGCGACGGCUGGACCAGGGCCAGGAAGCAGAGCGGCGAGGAAGGUUACGUCCCCACCACCUAUGUAGAAAUCACCAUGGAGAAGAACUGCAAAGGUGCUGUCACCUACAUCUGAAGCUCUGUGUGUCCUCUGUCCUGCCAACCAUCGCCUUUUCAUCCUUGCCACGCAUGCCCUUUUGUUCCUCAAGAUGACAUUUUACACCAACAGUCAUGCGUUUUGUCUAGUUUGUUUUUCUUCCCAUCGCUGGGCCUUUCUUCCUGUCGUUGCCCUCACCCUCUAAUCACUCAUCCACGCAUCACAACCGUGGAGCUGAUGCUACCCAGGUGAGGCGUGUCUUCUUUGUGAUGCUUCACCAUGUUGUAUGCACGUCGCUUCUUAUUGAUCACAAAGUGUUAAAAGAUUUUUUUUACAUAAUAUAUUAGAAAUUGCUUUUUUUUUUUUUUAGUUGUCAACAAUUGUCUUGAUCCUGUCUGUUUAUAUUUUAAAGUUGUUGAUUUUACGCCGUUUGAAUUCACUUGUUAACUUAAUUUGAAAUGUCUUUCUGAUUUCUGAAUGUUUGUGUGCCGUUGAUACCAGACCUGGGAAAAUUAAGGCCCGGCGACAUUCCCAAAUACAAACCCCGUUUCCAUAUGAGUUGGGAAAUUGUGUUGGAUGUAAAUAUAAACGGAAUACAAUGAUUUGCAAAUCAUUUUCAACCCAUAUUCAGUUGAAUGCACUACAAAGACAAGAUACCUGAUGUUCAAACAAAUAAUAAUUAACUUAGAAUUUCAUGGCUGCAACACGUGCCAAAGUGGUUGGGAAAGGGCAUGUUCACCACUGUGUUACAUCACCUUUUCCUUUAACAACACUCAAUAAACGUUUGGGAAUUGAGGAAACUAAUUGUUGAAGCUUUGAAAGUGGAAUUAUUUCCCAUUCAGUCGUUCAACAGUCCGGGGUCUCCGCUGUCGUAUUUUACGCUCCACACAUUUUCCAUGGGAGACAGGUCUGGACUGCAGGCAGGCCAGGAAAGUAGCCGCACUCUAUUUUUUUACGAAGCCACGCUGUUGUAACAAGUGCUGAAUCUGGCUUGGCAUUGUCUUGCUGAAAUAAGCAGGGGCGUCCAUGAAAAAGACGGCGCUUACAUGGCAGCAUAUGUUGUUCCAAAACCUGUAUGUACCUUUCAGCAUUAAUGGUGCCUUCACAGAUGUGUAAGUUACCCAUGCCUUGGGCACUAAUGCACCCCCAUACCAUCACAGAUGCUGGCUUUUCAACUUUGCGUCGAUAACAGUCUGGAUGGUUCGCUUCCCCUUUGGGCCGGAUGACACGAUGUUGAAUAUUUCCAAAAAUAAUUUGAAAUGUGGACUCGUCAGACCACAGAACACUUUUCCACUUUGCAUCAGUCCAUCUUAGAUGAUCUCGGGCCCGGAGAAGCCGGCGGCGUUUCUGGAUGUUGUUGAUAAAUGGCUUUCGCUUUCAUAGUAGAGCUUUAACUGGCACUUAGAGAUGUAGCGACCAACUGUAUUUAGUGACAGUGGUUUUCUGAAUGGUUCCUGAGCCCUUGUGGUGAUAUCCUUUCGAGAUUAAUGUCGGUUUUUGAUACAGUGCCGUCUGAGCGAUCAAAGGCAUGGCCGGAAACCAACUUUGAAUCAGUGCCCAAAGCAUGGGUAACUUACACAUCUGUGAAGUUCACCAUUAAUGCUGAAAGGUACAUACCGGUUUUGGAGCAACAUAUGUCGCCAUCCAAGCAACGUUUAUCAUGGACGCCCCUGCUUAUUUCAGUGAGAGGAUGCGGCUUGGCAACUUAAGCUGUACAUCAAGCAAGAAUGGGAAAGAAUUCCACCUGUAAAGCUGCAAAAAAUCGGUCUCCUCAGUUCCCAAAUAUUUAAGGAGUGUUGUUAAAAGGAAAGGCCAAGUAACACACUGGUAAAAAUGCCAACUUUUUUGCAAUGUGUUGCUGCCAUUAAAUUCUAAGUCAAUGAUUAUUUGCAGUCUAAUAUAAGUUGAAAAGGAUUUGCAAAUCAUUGUAGUCUUUUUUUAUAUUUAGGUUUUACACAAGGUGCCAACUUCACUGGUGUUAGGUUUUUGUAGUUUAUUCCUUGCAUUAGAUUCUGACACAGCAGCAUGUGUGUGUGUGUGUGUGUGUGUGUGUGUGUGUGUGUCCUGGUAUGAUUGUGUCGCCUUAACUUGAUCUCUCCUCUGUAUGACUGUGCAGGUUCCUGAGGGCCGCAGGGUUGGCCAGGCGAUUUGAUUUGGCCGGUGGUGGAGGGUCUCUUGCUGAUUGCUGAAUGUUGGUGGCGGGGGGUGAGCACGAGAGAGACGAGAAAGGAAGCGAGGUAGCGAGGGGAACUAGACGAGCAAGUUUGCAUGUCUGCAUGCUCACACUUACAUUUCCAAUGCGGCAUUCUGGCUUCUGAAAGAAUCAGUUCAAUAGUGUCGGACUUCUGUAAAGCUGGUGAAAAAAAAAAAAAAAAAACACGCUACAGAGUCUGCAAAGUAUUCUUUAAUUGGCAAGGAGAGAAAAUUAAGGUACACAGUAAAGCUGUAAACUAAUAGUAAUUGGAAAGAUGCUGUUCUGAUGCUCUAUUUUUGCAUUCUACUUGAGUUGGAUCCAAAAGUCCCAACAAAUCUUGACUAAUUCUCAGGCCCUUUUUUUUUUUAACCCUAAUAUAUUUUUGUUGAGCAUUUUUAAAAAAACAAAAAAUUUAUUAAAGAAAACACAUUUAAUAUAUUGCAAGGUUAGUAAAGCUUUGAGCAUUUUGCUGCCACUAACAACAUCAAACUCAUUCCUUAUACCAGGGGUUGGGAACCUGUGGCUCUUUUGAUGACUGCAUCUGGCUCUCAGAUAAAUCUUAGCUGACAUUGCUUAACAUGAUAAAAAAAUGAAUAUAUCCGCUGGUAAUCUGUCAGGUUCAAACACUGACGACAUUUAUUAAACAGACAAGAAGCAAGGAAUCAUGCAGAGACAGAGUUUAAUUUGGCUCAAUGAGGAGAGACACGUGUUUUUGGCCGUAUCUUAGUUACAGAUCCGAACUACGUUCUAAAAGUCCAGCACGCAUGCUUCCUCUAUUUAUUUGGGAGGUCUCUUUUUACAUGACUGAAGCUGUCGCUGAGCGAAAGGGGGUAAUCUCGACAACUCCAGUUAGACACAAUAUAUGAUUGUACAAAAAGUGCAAAUGUGUUGAUGCUGGUGAUAUCGCCUUGUCUCUGCUGUCUGCGGCAGCAGGCCAUUCCUGGACACAGACACUGAUACCAGACGGGCUUGCGAUCUUUUGGAUUGCCAGCUUUUUUAAAUCUUAGCUGACAUUGCUUAACACGAUAACAAAUGAAUAUGUCCGCUGGUAAUCUGUCAGGCUCAAACACUAACGACAUUUAUUAAACAGACAAGAAGCAAGGAAUCAUGCAGAGACAGAGUUCAAUUUGGCUCAAUGAGGAGACACGUGUUUUUGGCCGUAUCCUAGCUACAGAUCCAAACUAUGUUCUAAAAGUCCAGCCCGCGUGCUUCCUCUAUUUAUUUGGGAGGUGUCUUUUUACAUGACUGAAGCUGUCGCUGAGCGAAAGGGGGUAAUCUCGACAACUCCAGUUGGACACAAUAUAUGAUUAUACAAAAAGUGCAAAUGUGUUGAUGCUGGUGAUAUCGCCUUGUCUCUGCUAUCUGCGGCAGCAGGCCAUUCCUGGACACAGACACUGAUACCAGACAGGCUUGCAAUCUUUUGGAAUGCCAGCUUUUUUAAAUCUUAGCUGACAUUGCUUAACACGAUAAAAAAUGAAUAUAUCCGCUGGUAAUCUGUCAGGUUCAAACACUGACGACAUUUAUUAAACAGACAAGAAGCAAGGAAUCAUGCAGAGACAGAGUUUAAUUUGGCUCAAUGAGGAGAAACACGUGUUUUUGGCCGUAUCCUAGUUACAGAUCCAAACUACGUUCUAAAAGUCCAACACGCAUGCUUCCUCUAUUUAUUUGGGAGGUCUCUUUUUACAUGAUUGAAGCUGUCGCUGAGCAAAAGGGGGUAAUCUCGACAACUCCAGUUAGACACAAUAUAUGAUUAUACAAAAAGUGCAAAUGUGUUGAUGCUGGUGAUAUCGCCUUGUCUCUGCUAUCUGCGGCAACAGGCCAUUCCUGGACACAGACACUGAUACCAGACAGGCUUGCAAUCUUUUGGAUUGCCAGCUUUUUAAAAUCUUAGCUGACAUUGCUUAACACGAUAAAAAAUGAAUAUAUCCGCUGGUAAUCUGUCAGGUUCAAACACUGAAGACAUUUAUUAAACAGACAAGAAGCAAGGAAUCAUGCAGAGACAGAGUUUAAUUUGGCUCAAUGAGGAGAAACACGUGUUUUUGGCCGUAUCCUAGUUACAGAUCCAAACUACGUUCUAAAAGUACAACACGCAUGCUUCCUCUAUUUAUUUGGGCGGUGAGAAGGGGGUAAUCUCGACAACUCCAGUUAAACACAAUAUAUAAUUAUACAAAAAAAUGCAAAUUUCCUGACGGUGGUGAUAUCGCCUUGUCUCUGCUGUCUGCGGCAGCAGGCCAUUCCUGGACACAGACACUGAUACCAGACGGGCUUGCAAUCUUUUGGAUUGCCAGCUUUCCACAGACAAAGAAAAAUACGGAAUUACAUUUGAAAAUAUUUGGCUUUCAUGGCUCUCCCAGUCAAAAAGGUUCCCGACCCCUGCCCUGGUCCUCACUCUGGUCCUCACUCUGGUCCUCACUCUGGUCCUCACACCCGCCUCCGAGCUGGCAUGCCCUCAACAUGUCAAACAUGUGUGCUUGUUUCCAGCAUGACUUGUCUGUCCCAUCUCCCAUCAGCUCACUGCUCCUCUGGCAAGAUAGCAGGACUAUCUUCUGCACACCUUCUCUCUAUCAUCCGUUAAAAAGUCCUCCUUCUAACCAGCAGGUGGCAGACUUUCUUUCCCAAACUGCAUCUGAGUUCUUGAUUAUUAUUCCCAGCAGACUCUGCCUUAUUUUUUUAAUUUUUUUUUUUUUUUUUAAUUCCUCCCCAUUAAAUCAAUGAUAUUUGUGACACACGUGCCAAUGAGCAAAACACACAUCAGUGUGUGUACAGUCGUGGUCAAAAGUUUACGUACACUUGUAAAGAACAUAAUGGUUGAGUUUCCAAUCAUUUUUACAACUCUUUAUUUUUUUUUGGGUCACAAAAAACCUGCAUAAAGUUUGGUUCUUUUAUUAAAUUACAAACCCUGUUUCCAUAUGAGUUGGGAAAUUGUGUUUGAUGUAAAUAUAAACGGAAUACAAUGAUUUUAAAAUCUUUUUCAACCCAUAUUCAGUUGAAUAUGCUACAUAGCUCGGUUGGUAGAGUGGCAACUUGAGGGUUGCAGGUUCGAUUCCCGCUUGUGCCAUCCUAGUCACUGCCGUUGUGUCCUUGGGCAAGACACUUUACCCACCUGCUCCCAGUGCCACCCACACUGGUUUAAAUGUAACUUAGAUAUUGGGUGUCACUAUGUAAAGCGCUUUGAGUCACUUGAGAAAAGCGCUAUAUAAAUAUAAUUCACAAAGACAACAUAUUUGAUGUUCAAACUCAUAAACUUUUUUUUUUUUUUUUUUUUUUAACAAAUAAUCAUUAACCUUAGAAUUUGAUGCCAGCAACACGUGACAAAGAAGUUGGGAAAGGUGGCAAAAAAUACUGAUAAAGUUGAGGAGUGCUCAUCAAACACUUAUUUGGAACAUCCCACUUGUAAAGAACAUAAUGGUUGAGUUUCCAAUCAUUUUUACAACUCUUUAUUUUUUUUGGGUCACAAAAAACCUUCGUAAAGUUUAAUUCUCUUAUUAAAUUACAAACCCCGUUUCCAUAUGAGUUGGGAAAUUGUGUUAGAUGUAAAUAUAAACGGAAUGCAAUGAUUUGCAAAUCAUUUUCAACCCAUAUUCAGUUGAAUAUGCUACAUAGCUCGGUUGGUAGAGUGGCCGUGCCAGCAACUUGAGGGUUGCAGGUUCGAUUCCCGCUUGUGCCAUCCUAGUCACUGCCGUUGUGUCCUUGGGCAAGACACUUUACCCACCUGCUCCCAGUGCCACCCACACUGGUUUAAAUGUAACUUAGAUAUUGGGUGUCACUAUGUAAAGCGCUUUGAGUCACUUGAGAAAAGCGCUAUAUAAAUAUAAUUCACAAAGACAACAUAUUUGAUGUUCAAACUCAUAAACUUUUUUUUUUUUUUACAAAUAAUCAUUAACCUUAGAAUUUGAUGCCAGCAACACGUGACAAAGAAGUUGGGAAAGGUGGCAAAAAAUACUGAUAAAGUUGAGGAGUGCUCAUGAAACACUUGUUUGGAACAUCCCACUUGUAAAGAACAUAAUGGUUGAGUUUCCAAUCAUUUUUACAACUCUUAUUUUUUUUGGUGACAAAAAACCUUCGUAAAGUUUAAUUCUCUUAAUAAAUUACAAACCCCGUUUCCAUAUGAGUUGGGAAAUUGUGUUAGAUGUAAAUAUAAACAGAAUACAAUGAUUUUUAAAUCUUUUUCAACCCAUAUUUAGCUGAAUAUGCUACAAAGACAACAUAUUUGAUGUUCAAACUCAUAAACAUUUUUUUUUUUUGCAAAUAAUCAUUAAAUUUUAGAAUUUGAUGCAAUCAAUCAAUGUUUAUUUAUAUAGCCCUCAAUCACAAAUGUCUCAAAGGACUGCACAAACCAUUACGACUACGACAUCCUCGGAAGAACCCACAAAAGGGCAAGGAAAACUCACACCCAGUGGGACGCCAGGGACAAUGCUGACUAUGAGUAACCUUGGAGAGGACCUCAGAUGAGGUCAACCCCCCCCCUCUAGGGGACCGAAAGCAAUGGAUGUCGAGCGGGUCUAACAUGAUACUGUGAAAGUUCAAUCCAUAGUGGCUCCAACACAGCCGCGAGAGUUCAGUUCAAAGCGGAUCCAAGACAGCAGCGAGAGUCCCGUCCACAGGAAACCAUCCCAAGCGGAGGCGGAUCAGCAGCGUAGAAAUGUCCCCAACCGAUACACAGGCGAGCGGUCCAUCUUGGGUCUCGACUCUGGACAGCCAGUACUUCAUCCAUGGUCAUCGGACCGGACCCCCUCCACAAGGGAGGGGGGGGGGACAUAGGAGAAAAAAGAAAAGAAGCGGCAGAUCAACUGGUCUAAAAAGGAGGUCUAUUUAAUGAAUUUGACGCCAGCAACACGUGACAAAGAAGUUGGGAAAGGUGGCAAUAAAUUCUGAUAACGUUGAGGAAUGCUCAUCAGACACUUAUUUGGAACAUCCCACAGUGCACUCCUGCCUUAACCCGCCCCCCCGCCGAAUUUUUAUUGGUUGACGUGUGUGUGUGUGUGUGUGUGUGUGUGUGUGUGUGUGUGUGUGUGUGUGUGUGUGUGUGUGUGUGUGUGUGUGUGUAUGUGUGUAUGUGUGUGACGAUUGCUGAUAUACGCCAAGUCUCUUACGUGAAUGAGAUAAAUAAUAUUAUUUGAUAUUUUACGGCAAUGUCUUACCAAUUAUCAAUCAAUCAAUGUUUAUUUAUAUAGCCCCAAAUCACAAAUGUCUCAAAGGACUGCACAAAUCAUUACGACUACGACAUCCUCGGAAGAACCCACAAAAGGGCAAGGAAAACUCACACCCAGUGGGCAGGGAGAAUUCACAUCCAGUGGGACGCCAGUGACAAUGCUGACUAUGAGAAACCUUGGAGAGGACCUCAGAUGUGGGCAACCCCCCCCCCCUCUAGGGGACCGAAAGCAAUGGAUGUCGAGCGGGUCUAACAUGAUACUGUGAAAGUUCAAUCCAUAGUGGCUCCAAGACAGCAGCGAGAGUCCCGUCCACAGGAAACCAUCUCAAGCGGAUCAGCAGCGUAGAGAUGUCCCCAACCGAUACACAGGCGAGCGGUCCAUCCUGGGUCCCGACGAGCGGUCCAUCCUGGGUCUCGACUCUGGACAGCCAGUACUUCAUCCAUGGUCAUCGGACCGGAUCCCCUCCACAAGGGAGGGGGGGACAUAGGAGAAAGAAAAGAAGCGGCAGAUCAACUGGUCUAAAAAGGAGGUCUAUUUAAAGGCUAGAGUAUACAGAUGAGUUUUAAUUAGACACUUUAGUCGCUCCAGAGUAUAAGUCGCACCCCAGGCCAAACUAGGGAAAAAAACUGCGACUUAUAAUCCGAAAAAUACGGUAUUUCCUUGCCUAGACAUCCAACAAAUUAGCCCGCAGAAUAAAACACGGGUAGAAUUUUACAAACCCCAUUUCCAUAUGAGUUGGGAAAUUGUGUAAGAUGUAAAUAUAAACAGAAUACAAUGAUUUGUAAAUAAUUUUCAACCCAUAUUCAGUUGAAUAUGCUACAAAGACAACAUAUUUGAUGUUCAAACUGAUAAAAAAAAAUAAAAAAUUGUGCUAAAAAUCAUUACCGGUAACUUAAGAAUUUGACACGUGACAAAGAAGUUGGGAAAGGUGGCAAUAAAUACUGAUAAAAGUUGAGGAAUGCUCAUCAAACACUUAUUUGGAACAUCCCACAGGUGUGCAGGCUAAUUGGGAACAGGUGGGUGCCAUGAUUGGGUAUAAAAACAGCUUCCCCCAAAAAAUGCUCAGUCUUUCACAAGAAAGGAUGGGGCGAGGUACACCCCUUUGUCCACAACUGCGUGAGCAAAUAGUCAAACAGUUUAAGAACAACGUUUCUCAAAGUGCAAUUGCAAGAAAUUUAGGGAUUUCAACAUCUACGCUCCAUAAUAUCAUCAAAAGGUUCAGAGAAUCUAGAGAAAUCACUCCUUGAAGCGGCAUGGCCAGAAACCAACAUUGAAUGAUCCCUGUAUCAAAAACCGACAUCAAUCUCUAAAGGAUAUCACCACAUGGGCUCAGGAACACUUCAUAAAACCACUGUCAGUAACUACUUUGGUUGCUACAUCUGCAAGUGCAAGUAAAAGCUCUACUAUGCAAAGCGAAAGCCAUUUAUCAACAACAUCCACAUCUCCGUGUGCGCUGUUCCCCCUCAGCUGCGGCUGAUUGAUUGUUUGGAGGAGAAAAGGUGAGGCCUUAAGUCCCAGGAACACCAUUCCCGACCGUAAAGCAUGGUGGUGGUAGUAUUAUGAUCUGGGCCUGUUUAUGCUGCCGUUCUAGACCCAUAAUAAACUCAUAAAAGAAGCAAACUUCAUGUUUUUUUGUGACCAACAAGUAUGUUCUCUCAAAAUUAAGAGUUGUAGAAUUGAUUAGAAACUCAAGUCAGCCAUGACAGGAUGUUCUUUACAUAUGUGUCCUCUAGACCAGGACUGUACACCUCAUGGGUGCACGUGUGACAUUAGUUUUAAAUCAUCAUGUCGAUCAAUUAGCAUCUUUUGUUCAAUGUCACGUCGAAUGUGUUUCCAUGGUGAUCGUGUCUGGCCGUGCUUGUUGGAUUGACACUUUUCAGGAGACAACGAGGUUCCAAUGGAACCGACGCACUUUGCCCUGAGAGACUUAAAUCAAUGAAGAGUGUUCUUUUCUGUGUGGCAUGACCACUGUGCGCAAUGCACAACUAAAAGUGAUUUUUUUUAUAUCUUCUUUGAUUAUUUUGUACUCCAUUUUUUUUGGUAAAAACUGUCAAAAAAAAAACAAUAUGUUGCAUGAUUUUACUAUCAAGUUUGAAACAGUUUCUUCCGGCGUUUUUCAACCACUCGUGUGUGUUUUCAGGCAUUUACGCUUCUAUUGAUCUAUUGUCUCCCAAGGUAAUCGAAAUAUGAUGUGACCACGCCUUAACUAUUGUUUUUUUCUUGUAUUAUUGAGAAACUGUGAAAUGUGCAGAAUGAUGCUGUAGAAAGAUGCUAUUUAAGCACCCUUAAUCUAUAUUAAUACAUCAAUUUCUACCAAUCAAUUUAAUGUUGUGCUCGUAUGUUUACAUAACCUGGAAGAAGUUAUGAUUUCUUGGCCAUUUUUUUAGAAAAUAUAAAAACUGAAAAAUGGGCUGCAUGGUCGAGUGGCCCAAAAAUUCAAUUUUGGUCUCAUCGCUCCAAAUUACUUUGUUCCAGAAGUUUGAGGCUUCUCUCUGGAUACUUUGUGACAUUUGCGCAGAAAUCUGCUUUCUUCUGGCGACUCGACCAUGCAGCCCAUUUUUCUUUAAGCGCCUCCUUAUUGUGCAUCUUGAAACAGCCACACCACAUUUUUUUUUGGAGAGUCCUGUAUUUCAGCUGAAGUUAUUUGUGGAUAUUUCUUUGCAUCUCAAACAAUUUUCCAGGCUAUGGUGGCUUCUGAGGUACAAAAAAAUUACUGUUCAAAAGGGUUAAGUUUUCUCGUUUUAGACAGACAUUAUCGGGGACUAAGGGUGCCAAAUAAUGUGUUGGAAGCAGAAGACAUAAAACGGCCGGUUUUAAGUUUAAUUUGGGUCGAGGGAGAGGAGCUUCAGGUACGCUCUAUUUUGUACCUCUUGCUUGUCCUAACAGAAUUACUAUACUGACAUCCAGUGGACACUUUCGGAACAGCAGUUUAUUUCAUUUUAAUACUUGGCAAACUCAUCACGCGGUACCAAUGAUUGUCACACACACACACUUGGUGUGGUGAAAUUAUCCUCUGCAUUUGACCUAUCACCCUUGAGGGGAGCAAUGAGCAGCAGGGGUGGUCGCGCCCGGGAAUAAUUUUGGUGAUUUAACCCCCAAUUCUAACCCUUGAUGCUGAGUGCCAAGCAGGGAGCUAAUGGGUCCUGUUUUCAUAGUCUUCGGUAUGACUCGGCCGGGGUUUGAACUCACAACCUACCGAUCUCAGGGCGGACGCUCUAACCGAACCUGUUCGGCCCACGGGCCGUACGUUUGACACCCUUGUUUUUCACAGAUUGACUACUUGAGGCUUCUCUCUGGAUACUUUGUGACAUUUGCGCAGAAAUCUGCUUUCUUCUGGCGACUCGACCAUGCAGCCCAUUUUUCUUUAAGCGCCUCCUUAUCGUGCAUCUUGAAACAGCCACACCACACAUUUUUUUUAGAGAGUCCUGUAUUUCAACUGAAGUUAUUUGUGGAUAUUUCUUUGCAUCUCAAACAAUUUUCCAGGCUAUGGUGGCUUCUGAGGUACAAAAAAAUUACUGUUCAAAAGGGUUAAGUUUUCUCGUUUUUGACAGACAUUAUCGGGGACUAAGGGUGCCAAAUAAUGUGUUGGAAGCAGAAGACAUAAAACGGCCGGUUUUAAGUUUAAUUUGGGUCGAGGGAGAGGAGCUGCAGGUACGCUCUAUUUUGUACCUCUUGCUUGUCCUAACAGAAUUGCUAUACUGACAUCCAGUGGACACUUUCGGAACAGCAGUUUAUUUCAUUUUAAUACUUGGCAAACUCAUCACGCGGUACCAAUGAUUGUCACACACACACACACACACACACUUGGUGUGGUGAAAUUAUCCUCUGCAUUCGACCUAUCACCCUUGAGGGGAGCAAUGAGCAGCAGGGGUGGUCGCGGCCGGGAAUAAUUUUGGUGAUUUAACCCCCAAUUCCAACCCUUGAUGCUGAGUGCCAAGCAGGGAGCUAAUGGGUCCUGUUUUCAUAGUCUUUGGUAUGACUCGGCCGGGGUUUGAACUCACAACCUACCGAUCUCAGGGCGGACGCUCCAACCGAACCUGUUCGGCCCACGGGCCGUACGUUUGACACCCUUGUUUUUCACAGAUUCACUACUUAGUCACCUAAAACGUAAUUUGUCAUCUUAUUUUCUGGAAUACGAAACUGCUUUGGCAGUAAUCUAUAGUCUAAGUGUACAUACCCUGGGAGAAUUUAUGAUUUAUUAGGCGCCAGCGACCCCAAAAGGGAAUAAGCGGUAGGAAAUGGAUGGAUGGAUGGAUGGCCAUUCUUCAGAAAAUAUGAAUGAUAAGACAAAAACCUUUCUUCCACGCAUGCUUAAUGGUUGUGUGAAGCUACUUAUUGGCAAACAACUCUUGUUUACUCUUUUUAAAUCGAAAUGACAAAAGAAAGUACCCAAAUGACCCUGAUCAAAAGUUUACAUACCCCAGUGACUUUGAUCUGAUGCACAAAAGUUGACGCAAACAGGUUUGAAUGGCUAAUCAAGGUUCCAAUCCUCACCUGUGACCUGUUUGGAAUUAUUGUGUGUGUAUAAAAGGUCAGUGAUUUUUUUGGGCUUCUGACAGACCAUUGCAUCUUUCAUCCAGUGCUGCACAGAUGUUUCUGGAUUCUGAGUCAUGGGGAAGGCAAAUGAUUGUAAAGGAUCUGCGAGAAAAGGUAAUCGAACCGCAUAAAACAGGAAAGGGGUAUAGAAAGAUAUCCAAGGAAUUGAGAAUGCCAAUCAGCAGUGUUCAAACGCGGAUUAAGAAGUGGGAAAUGAGGGAUUCAGGUAGACCAGCAAAGAUUUCAGCCACAAUAGCCUGGAACAUUUUUCGAGAUGCAAAGAAAUAUCCACAAAUAACUUCAGCUGAAAUACAGGACUCUCCGAAAAAAUGUGGUGUGGCUGUUUCAAGAGGCACAAUAAGGAGGCACUUCAAGAAAAAUGGGCUGCAUGGUCGAGUCCCCAGAAAAAAGAAUUUUCUGCGCAAAUGUCACAAACAGCACAGAGACAAGCCUCAAAACUUCUGGAACAAAGUAAUUUGGAGCGACGAGACCCAAAUUGAACUUUUUGCCCACUCGACCAUGCAGCCCAUUUUUCCCUUUUUCAGUUUUUAUCGUUCAUAUUUUCUGAAGAAUGGCCAAGAAAUCCUAAAUUCUCCCAGGGUAUGUAAACUUAUGAGCACGACUGUAAACAACUUGUCUUCCAGGUCGGGAGUUUUGUUUGCACAAUUCCUAAAUCCUUCAAAGACAAGAGUAAACGUAGUAGGUUGAAUCAUGAAUGUUAGUGAACAUUUUUUUUUCUUUUGCCACUGUAAAAUAAAUGCACUCACAAGUAGGGUUGCAAAGGGGUGGAAGCUUUCCGCAAAUUUACCAUUGACCAUUUUUUGAUUAUUCAAAGUUGGACACCGUCCAUGCGAAUUAAUAAAUAGAUAGUACUUUAUUGAUUCCUUCUCUAAAACUUCUGGAAAAUUAAAAUGGGAAUAUAUCACACUCUGGCGGAGGAUUGUACGCCUCUUCUUUUAUUUGGACUGUCCCUGAUUACAUGGCAACAGCUGUUUCUAAGGGACGCGGGGUCAUAAACAGCCAUCGCCUUUGAUUACCGGACAUUUACCACGGGAAGUUUAGCUCAGGAAGUUUGGAUAUAUUGACGAUUUUUUGAUUAUUCAAAUUUGGACACCGUCCAUGGGAAUUAAUGGGAAUAAAUGUGAAUUAAAAGGAAUUACAAUAAUGAUAUAUUAUCGGGCUUUUGUCUAUAUGCUGCUGCAUAUUUGUGGCAUUUUAGACGUAGCUCUUUGCACAGUAUUUCCAAAUAUACACCGCCUUUCCGCCAACAUUGGUGGGGGUGAAAUGUCUCCACACAUCAGACGGUGUACGUGGCAUUAUUCUCUUUUUAUUUAUUUAUUCUGGUAAAACACUAAUGCCAUGCCACACGCGGAUACAAAUAGUCGGAUAAACAAUUGGCUAGCAGAACGGAAGGCGGAGGAAACUACAUGUUUCGAUUUGGUAUUUGCUAGUUGAACUUCACAGAUCACAAAAAAAUGGUAAAUUCGGAUCGCUAACGUCGUUAGCAUAAAUGAAUGGGAUUUAACAUAGAGAAAAUUAGCAUCACGGCUAACGGAGAAAAAUUGUCGGUUCAUUAUGAGACUGGCGGUACAUAAACCUAGCUAGCUAGAGAUAUCGGCCCCCAAAUCAUUUAACAAGUACAGGAACAGCUAGCUAGCUCGAGUGGAAGUCUGCUGGAGUAGUCUCCAGUCUUACAGUAACAAGCAAUUACACUUAAAUACCAUAAAUUAAAUAUAUUUACCCAAGUAAUAUCAUCAAAACUUACCUGACUGGAUGAAGUACUUGGGCUCAAAUACUAGUGUGGCCUCAAUAGCCCUGCUGUCGUGUGUAGCAUGCUGGGAAUUGUCUCCGCAUGUGAUCGAGGAAUGCACAGUAAAGGGUUGAAAUCCUACUGAAUUUGCAUCAAAUCAGGUUGUGUUAGCUAAUACGGUAUUUCCUUGAAUUGCUGCCGGGUAGAUAGUAUGCGCCUGCCUAGAAUUACUGCCGGGUCAAACUCGUUUCGCAAAAUAAUUAGCGCAUGCUUAGCAUUAGGAUUUACGCCGUUUCGCAAAAUAUUAUUUUUAUUAGCGCAUGUCUAGAAUUUCCGCCGGGUGAAACUCGUUUCGCCAAAUAAUUAGCAUAUGCCUAGAAUUUCCGCAGGGUCAAACUCGUCACGUCACGAGUGACACUUCAUCAUUUUGAAAAUAGAGGAGGCUGAUUUCAAUAAUUUGAAAUCGCAUAAAGGGAAGAAGAUUAAGAGCUAUUCAGUAGGAUUUAAGGUCCAAGCUAUUGAAUAUGCUAAAAAGAACAAUGAGCAGGUAUGUUUUAUUAAUAUACCGUAGCUGCGUGUGUCAAAUAUGAGCCAUUAAAUGACUCCCGCCUCCUGUUGGUAGAGGGCGCUAGUGAUCCUUCUUGCGACGACUCGGCAGCAGCAAGAGUGAGCGGCGUGUGUUUAUUUUUUCCUCUCCCUUGCACUUUUAACAUGGGGGAUUACAUAUCUAAAAUAAAACUGUUUUCUAAACUGGACUUUCAACCCAAGCAGGAGGUAAUAAAGGAAGAUCUCCAUCGAGACCGAGAGACUAUAAACAAGUUAUCGAUGCUUUCGAUCAGAAGGAGCUGCGCGUGGACUUCAUUUAUAAGUAAAGGUAACACCAUAAGAAAGUUUUUUUUAAAUUAAAUGUGCUUUUCAUGAUAGUAUCCUUUACAUCACACUCAAAUUUAUAAGAGCAGGCCUAAAUUUACUGCAUGCCUUUGGUUAAUUAGCGCCCAGGCGGCAAUUCAAGGAAAUGUUGCAAUAUCUAGCAUGUUGCAUUCAAUGUUUACUCGCAUGGAAAGUUUCCAACUUGGAUUUUUGCAACCCUACUUUCAAGUAAUAACCCACUAAUGGUAGAGAUAGUACAAAAUAAACUAUCUGUAAAAAGAAGUAUAAAGUACAAGCUGAGUAGUAAAACACAAACGCUGUUAUUGGUAUUGUUUUUCAUUUAAAUCCGAUUGUGUCUAAAUCUGAAAAACAAGGUAACUUUUAGGGUUAACUAAAAAAAAAAAAAAUCAAA